CGGUGGGCACGAUCAAAAAGAGACUUCACCGGAACGUGUUGUGGACGAGACGCGCACGUGUACAAGCAUGGAAAACUCCGAAGCUAAUAACGUCCUCGUCGAGGAGCAACGAGCGAGGCACACCACGAGCAGGCUGCUCAUGCACAGCGUCAUCAUGUUUGGCCGGGAGUUCUGCUAUGCGGUGGAAGCUGCGUUCGUGAUGCCGGUGCUGCUCAGCGUGGGUCUCCCGCGGAGCCUGUACAGCGUCGUAUGGUUCAUCAGCCCCUUGCUGGGCUUCGUGCUGCAGCCGAUCAUCGGCUCAGCGAGCGAUCACUGCCACUCAAGGUUCGGGCGCCGCAGGCCGUACAUCGUGGCCUUGGCGGUGCUCAUGCUAACGGGGAUGACGCUCUUUCUCAACGGCGACUCCAUCAUUUCGGAAAUUUCCGAGAACAAUAGCCCAACUUGGGCCAUCGUGAUCUGCAUGUUUGGAGUGGUGCUGUUUGACUUCUCCGCUGACUUUAUUGAUGGCCCCAUUAAAGCCUAUCUAUUUGAUGUUUGCGCUCACGCUGACAAGGAGCGUGGAUUGCAGAUGCAGGCUCUGCUGACAGGACUUGGCGGAGCACUCGGGUACCUGACGGGCGCCAUUGACUGGAAGAUCACUUUCCUGGGCCCUGCCUUUGGCUCGGAGUACCACAUCAUCUACCUGUUUGUGGCCAUCGUCUUGUCUUCAGUGGUGGUCAUGCACCUUGUCAGCAUCCCCGAGAUGCCCCUCUCCAGGGAGCAAAGGCGGCACGAAGAGCCGGCAAAAACGAACGGGGUCUAUGAGCGAGUAGCCACACAGGCGGCAGGCUAUGUUGUUUUGUACGGAAGCACAGACGACGUGGCCAACGGAGUGCCGUAUCAUGCCGACACGAGGUCCCUGACUCAGGACCCGCUGAGUAAUGGUGUACUAUCUAAGCCUCCUGUCGGAAACUUUAAACAGCUGCCACAACGCCGGAUGAGCCUCCGGAGACUCCUGAGUGCCCUCGCCAGCAUGCCGUGGACACUGCGGCGCCUGUGCAUCAGUCACCUCCUGGGAUGGAUGGCCUUUCUCUCCAUCAUGCUUUUCUUCACUGACUACAUGGGCCAGAUUGUCUAUAAAGGAGAUCCAUAUGCCAAGCAUACCUCCUCCGAGUACAGGCUGUACGAGGAAGGGGUUGAGAUUGGGUGCUGGGGGAUGUGCAUCAACGCACUGUCAUCUGCCAUCUACUCGUAUUGCCAGAAGUGGUUAACCCCGGUGCUGGGUCUGCGAGCCAUGUACUUUUUGGGAUAUUUUGCUUUCGGUGUUGGCACUGGUCUGAUAGCCAUCAUUCCCAACAUCUACUCCACGCUGGCACUGUGCACGGUGUUCGGGAUCAUGUCCAGCACGUUAUACACCGUGCCCUACAGCCUCGUUGCAGAAUAUCAUCUGGAGGAAGAGAUGGCGCAGCUCGGCAUCGUGCGCGAGUCUGGCAGCGCUGUCCAAGUUGCGCACCGGGGCGCCGGCUUGGACUGCGCGGCGCUCACGUGCAUGGUGCAGUUGGCGCAGAUCCUGGUCGGAGCCGGCCUGGGCGCGAUCGUCAACGCCGUUGGCAGCGUGGUGGUCGUAGCGAUCUCGGGGUCGGCCGUCGCGCUCUUGGGCUGCGUCUUCAUUGCUGUGUUCAUCCGAAGCUGAGCCGUGAUUUACGAUGGUUCGUUUCGAAUCUGUGUUCACACCAAACUCGACCACCUAACCGUUGAAUGUAUCCGGACAGCGAGCGGGGAAACUUUAGCCGCUUUUGCUCGGCACAAACAGCACGCGUGUCAAAUAUUACUGAAGCGCAACGUGCCGUGACAAUUAUAGCAAAGUUCAGAGGUUUUGCAUAUUUUACACGGUUUAUUCCUUGUUUCUUCAAAUGGAAAUGUUACUAUUUUCGAUUUUUUUUAAUACUCCAGGUGUUAUUUCAUCUUUUUAAUAUAUACACACAAGGAAUGUGUGUGAGUAAAUGAUUAAUCCUGUAGUUUCCAAACUAGACGUGUAACAUUUUAAGGGACUAGAGAUACACAUACUUUCAGUUGGUUGAAACAGUUUAAUAUUUCUAAUAAUAUUGUAAUGAAGUCCUUUGUUAAUACACUGCUGGAUGGAGGUACUGCCUCACCAUUAUCAUGUGGGUUGUUUGUGCAUACUUCACCAAACUGGGCAGCGUGAGUCAGUGAGGGGGUGGAGAAGAAGCCAAACUGGUUCAGAUAUCACUCCACUUUUGUGAAAUGUAGAUGGUGAUCAAACUCAGGUGACGGGGUUCGUACAGUGAUGCGUCAACCACUGCGCCACCACUCCACUCCAGUUGAUUAUAUUUACACUACAAUACAGAUAGUGCAUUGUCUUUGGGCUGUGCGCCUUUUGGAGUCCUCUGGUCUAACACCGUUUGAGACGAGGCUCAAAAGAAAGCUGUCUCUGGUGUGGACCAAUCGGUUUCAAGGACAAUGUAUAUAUUAUCAGAGUACGUUUUUUGUUUGCAUUCUGACCACAAGCAUUGUGGUUAAUGCAGACAUGAUUCCUUGUAAAAGGUUUCAGUUUGGCGUUUUAACAUCUUAACACCUGUUUUGUUGCCAGAAAAAAGGGAAACACCCUAUUAUCAUAUUUUGGUACUGACAAAGGAGGCCCCAUGAUGAUACAAUACAUAAUUAUAGCUACAUUGAAAUAUCACGAACUCAAAAGCGUACAAAAGGCAAAAAAAUGGUUGACACAUACUUAAAAAAACGAGUUGCAAACCCCACGUAAGCAUUUGAAAUACGCUCAUUAUUCAUUUCAAGUGUACAGAAAUCGUAUUUGUACCCAAUGAUGUCGUGAGAGUUCCUCUUGUCUCACGUGAUAAAAAAUACGAAUGCAAGGCAUCCGUUUAAACCCGCGUUCCCAGCGAAUGAGGCGAGGGGCAAAUCAUUGGGCGCGUAUCACUGAUGACUGCCCAAUACAACACGUGGAACGUGCGGCCUCCCCUCAGCUACUCUCGAUGGAUAUGUAGCCAAUUGCUUUGUUCAAACGCCGUACAAGAGAAGGAAGACUCGAUGGCGGGUGUCUAAUGUCAUGUAAACCUGCUUUUUGUCCUGGUCCUGCAAGUGUCACGUGAUGAUUACAUUUAUUUUGGAUGAAGCAAUCCCGAUGUGAUUUUUAUUGGUAUAAAAGUUAAUUGUGUUCAACACUAACACACAUGCGAUGAGUGCAAUGGAUGAACUUCAUACACUUCACUCUGUUUCCGCCAGGCAAACGUGGCUCGGUGUAUUCAUUAACAUUCGUACGCGAUUGCAUUAUACACUGAGCAAAUACAAAUAAAAUG